AUGCCUCCUCGCCGCCGGGGAGGUUCGGGCUACCGCGGCGUCCGCGUGCGUCCGUCCGGCACCUACUCUGCCUCGAUCCGGUUGGGCGGCGGCGUGCGCCUCGGCCUCGGAACCUUCGACACCGCCCAGGAUGGCGCCUGUGCGUACGACGCUGCGGCGUGGCGCCUCCGGCGGUCCCGUUGGGACAUGAACUUCACCGACGUGGCGACGCCGGAGCGGGCACAUGAGUUGGCUCCUUUCCCGCGGCUUAUCACCGACGAGGAUCGGCGCAAAAACCGGAGGCGGGAGCGCCGUCUCAGCCUGGCCGAGAUGGACGAGGAAGCCAUGUUCUUCGCCGAGAGGAGGGCGGAGAGGAAGGACAGGAGGAAGGAGCGAGCCGCCUAUCGCGAGGACAAGCGAACGCGGAAGGCGGUCGCUAAAUACAACAUCGCGCUAGGAGAUGCGUCGUCCUGGGACUCCCGCGACGAACGGUUGCUUGACGCCUACGCUCCGACGUCGGAGGAGGACAUCACCGAGGCAGAGUCCGAGUCGGAGAAUGACGAGUAG